UGCACAGCUGUAGCAUCCAUUAGUAGUUUCUCUUGCGGUGCUUCUUGGACUUAGUUGAUGUUGUCACUGCUGAACUGUUUGGGGAGACGUAGCAAAUAUCCAAAAUCUGAGCGGAAAACUUCUCUUGGGAAAGAAUGGCACCCAAGAUGUCUACGUUGUGACCAAUGUGAUAAAGUUUUAGUACCAGGUCAACAUGCUGAACACAAAGGUCUUCCUUACUGCAAUCAAUGUUACCAGGCAUUGUAUGGCCCUCAGAUGUGUGGAUAUGGCUCAAAUGUGUUUUCUCAAGCAAAUUAUCGGAAAAAGUUAACAAUACCUAUCAGAAAACAUGGAACUAAGGAUCCUCCUACUUUACGCAAAAGCCAUCGCAGUGUCAAGGAAUCCAUUCUGCUGUGGGACAGUGGUAAUGUGGUGGCUGUUUCACUCAGCGAAGAUGAAGAAGAUGAAGAUGAUGACCUUUAUGACAGUGAGACUCUGAAGCCAGGCAUGAGCCAGCAGUAUUGUUUUAGUACUGCAUCUGCUUCUAUGACUCUACCUGUAAAACAUUCUAGCCAAACUUCUUUAAAUAAUGGUUGUGACACUAAUUUACUAAAAAAUGAACAUUCCCUGUUGCCAAUGAAUAAUGGAGGUCCCCCCUCUUCAUUGUCUCGGACAACAAUCCCUUCCCCAAAUAAUCAUUCUGAAACAUCAUCAACUCUAAAUCAUUCACCAAUUGGCCAUAGAACAUUAACAUCACCAGACACACACAACACAAUAUCUUCAUCAAAGAAAAAUAAUUCAUUAUCAUUUCCAAUACGGAAAAGCUAUAGUUUUUCACCAAAUGGACAUCGUUCUAUAUAUUCUACCGCAGCUUUUCAAACAUUGCCUGUACCGUCGGAUUUUGGCUAUCAUUCAUCACAAGAUACAUUUGGAACUUUAACAUCUUCUGUGAGUGUAGGAACACUCACUUCACCCAUCAGUUAUGCAAAUUUAUCCAAAAUAUUUGAAAAUUCCUCAACUCAUUCAUUAAAGCAAACAGAUGGCACUUGCAGACAAGAUAUAUUGGAAAAAUUCCAGUUGUACAAUGCUUUCUAUGAAGGCAAACGAGGUUGCUUAAGUAUGGAUCAAGUAAAUGGUGUUGAUGUUUUAGAAGGUCCGUUACGAAUAUAUUGGCAAGUUACUAUACCUAUACAGUUAAAACAUUGUGAUGACGUCCCUGUACCACCAAUUGCAUCAUGGAGACACAGCUAUUAUGCUACUCCAACUGGUAAUGGCCUUAAUAUUGAUGCUGAAGAACCACAGGUCACUGUCUGGAAUCGAACUUGGAAUCUUGGGGCAGAACAAUCUCCACCACCAACUCUCCCCAAAUAUGGCAUGGAUGACAGUGUAAUCAUACCUAAUUUAGAUGGUGUUGUCCGACGUCGAAAUAUUCGCAAAUCCAACACAGUUGCUUACAGAGCUGACCGACCAAGCAAGUGGAAACGAGCUUCUAUAAACGGACAUAUUUACAAUUAUGAUACUCGUGUUUUCACUCCAGUGAUUGGCAGCUGUACUAGUGUUACAGUAAACAGCACAAUGACUGUACCACUGGUUAUAAAAACAUUGCUUGAGAAAUUCAAGGUGGAGAAUGAUGCUGAUGAAUUUUCUCUAUAUGUAGUCACGGAAGCUGAAGGGGAAAGGGAAAUCGGAAUUGAUGAGAUCCCUCUGGAAGUACGUCUGAGACUGGGUGCUGAUGAAACAAAUGCCAAAAUCUUUAUACGGGAGAAAGAUUAUGUGAGCUCAGUUGUCGUUCCUGAAGAAGUGGAACCAAUCGAAGAGAAGACCUGUUAUUUACCAACUGAAGUAGAGCAAUUAAUAGCCUUACCUGAAGCUGUAUUAAAAGGUUUAUUACAGAAAUUUUUUGAUGAUGAAGAAAAAGAUGUAGAGAAAAUCAAGGAUAAGUACAUAAAGGCACGGACUGUGAUAAAAAAUUAUCUAGCUGAUAUCAAACCCGUUUCUGAACUAUAAAACCUCUUGUUUUGUCUUCCUGUGGCUGUUACAAAGAAAUGCCCCAUGCAUCUAUCUUUUGGUCAUUUCUCACAUCUACCAUAACAUCCAGUGCUGACUCAGGCAAAGCAAUGUCUUGUUCAAGACAUUGCCUAAACAAUAAUUGGUUGUGAAAUCUAUAUUAAAAAGAUGCAGCAGCUGCAACUAAUUGCAAUCUCCUGUUAAAAAAAGACAACAAAUGACUGUGAUCAAGGUAAAAUAUUCACAAGGUAUCCAUUAAGAUCCAAGCCUCUUAAAUCUCUGCCUUAUUACAUAAAAAAUCCAAACUUCAAUUAGGAGCAGUAAAUAAGGUAGACUUGUUGAAGGUAAACUGCUGAGAUGUUUGUCUAUAAAAACAUUUAUGUUAAAGAACUCAUUAGAGCAUUGACUCAUUGACUUAAUUAAUUGCUCACUGAAAUGAAAUUUGUCUUGAUUUGCUGAAAAUUUUCAAUUACAUUUUCAUUUCAUUAUAAAGCACAUCAUCUCAAUAUUCUACACACAAGUGACAUAGAUAUCCAAUAUCUAUCAUAUUAUUCAAUAUUUAAAAAAAAAACAAUUUCUUUUUCUCUUGCACAAUCAUAACAAACAGAAUGGGCCAGGUUUCUUCCCAUCAUUAACAUCUCACACAGCCUUUUCUCAUUUUUAAAGAGAAAGUGUUCCUUAGGCAAAUAUAAAAUUCAAAUGCCAAUAAAAUUCAGUAUUUCAAACAGAUGAAUAACAUAACACAAUGCCUCUGUCUCUUGUUCAUAAUACUAGCACUUAUUUCUUGGAAAACCACCCUAUCCUUCUGAACAGUGUUUCUUUUGACCUACACCUCUAAGCUCAAACCUCAAAUCACAUCAUAUUUCUGAAGUCAACAAUUUUUUCUCCACUAACCAUAAUCUGUUUUUUUGUUUUUUUAAAUAACUCUAACAUAUUUGAACUGCUAAUAGUGAAAUUGGUCUUAUUCUACAUUGGACUGUGUCGACUAUCUGAGCCCAAACACUCUAGGAAUAUAACUCAUUUUAAUGGAUUACAAUGAAAUUCAAGAGGUUUACCUUGUUCUCUGAGGCAAAGGAUUCAAAGGGACUGCAACCCCCACUACCCCCCAAAAAACUGAUCUUUUUUUUUCAUCUGGCUGGGAGAAAUAUUUUGUUGAACUAAUCUAUCAGCCGACCAUCUUUAAAAAAAAAAACUUUUUAAAUGACAAUAUCAAAUCCCUCCCUAAAAUAAAUGUAGAAAUCCA